AUGGCCCCGAGUAAAGCGCACAAGUCUUCACAUAAAGCGAGUGGCUCUCUCGGCGCGGCGAUUUCUCUUUCUUCUAAAAAUACAUCGGUCAAUCAGGACGAGUAUAGCAAUAGCUCUACAACGGAGCCUGGUCUACUAAAUGACUUCGAUACACGAGUAUAUCAAAGCUCCGAGAAGGCAGUUUCGAAUGGCUUCCGGGAUGGAAUGGACCAGUCUAUUGGAGAAGUGCGGCAGCCGUCACCAGCAACAGCACCUAUGAAUCUUGCAACCGGACUGUUUUUUGAUGCGGCAGCUCACGAUUUUUCCUUUCUGUCUGGAGAUGUGGGCCUCAAUAAUGGCCCUGGCUUCAUGGUCCCAGAUCCGUACUUCAGUCAAGAUCUUGACUUUAGUAUGUGGGACAUAGAUCUGGACAGCGUCGAGCUUGACUACGAGAAAAUGAACCAUAGCCUUGUAUCUCCCGGCACGCCUCGUCCUCAGAAAAGCGAAACCUCCAAUAAACCGAGAGACGUGGCCAAACGGUAUGCUGCAUUUGAGAGAUCGCCAUGGCUAUGGACUCCGACUCCAAAAGACCAGGACCUUAGUGACCAAAACGACCUCAACUUGGAUGAAGAAAGCAUCCCAUCAAUCCUCUCCGCACCAUCGCCAGAUGCAAGCCUUGAUGAUUUUGCAUCGUGCUGUAUAAACUCUAAGAUCCGAGACCAAAUGCUAGGACUACUUUUCAGUCUUCCCCGACCACCGAAAAAAGUUGUGUCGUUCCCAUCGUUGUCUCUACUGAACACCAUUAUCCAGAUAUAUUUCCUCCAGGAAAGUUACAAAAUAGAUUGCCUGAUUCAUCCCGCAUCUGUUGUACCAAUUAGAACUAUCCCCCAACUGUACUUUGCCAUGAUUGCUCAAGGGUCAACUUUGAUAUCAACCCCUUCUAUCUGGAAAAUGGGAUUGGCACUCCAGGAAGUAGCCAGGAAUACUGUCGUUGAACUUUGGGAGCAAAACAACACCUUCACGCGCAACCUACAGACGCUUCAGGCGUUUGUCAUAUGUCUCGAUAUCGGGCUAUGGAGCGGAUUCAAGAGGAAGAUGGAGCUUGCUGAAAGCUUUGGACAACCGGUUAUCAGCGCAAGUUACUUUAUCGACAAUCCAUUAGCUAGCUAA